UGGAGAUUUGGAUACUCUGCCAGACUACUGAAAACUAAUCAUUUUAGGACAGCUGCAUCAAAUACAUCAUUUCCAGCAGUUUGGAUGCUGUUGGCACAAUAUUCUGGCAGAAUACCUGGUCUCUUUGUAGUAGGAAAAAAAAAUAGGUUUUCCACAAUGCCUGAAAGUGUGGAGGAUAAAACUAAUCUAGAGCUGUAUUCGCCACAUCCUGAGGUGCGUGGGAUGACACGACUCGACAGAGAAGCCUUUAAAAGGACAGUUGUUGUUCCAGUUCUGAAAGUGAAGAAAGAAGUGGUAAAUACUUUGCUAAAGUCCCUAAAACACACGGUGCUACAGCGUCCUGGCCUGAAGCGAGUGGUUGAGGAUCCAGAAGAUGAGGACCAUAGACUUGUUAUUUUGGAUCCUCAUAAAAUACCAGAAUUCUCAUUGGGAGAGUCGGAGCAAGAGGUGUUAAAGCAGCUUGAUGUUUGCCCUGAGGUGUCCAAGUAUAACCUGGAGCUGACUUAUGAGAACUUCAAGUCGGAGGAGAUCCUACGAGCAGUCCUUCCUGAAGGUCAAGAUGUCACCUCUGGAUUUAGCCGUGUUGGUCACAUUGCUCAUCUGAACCUUAGAGAUCAUCAGCUGCCCUACAGGCAUUUGAUUGGCCAGGUUAUAAUUGACAAGAAUCCAGGGAUCACCUGUGUAGUGAAUAAAACCAACAUUAUUGACAGCACAUACAGAAAUUUUCAAAUGGAAGUGCUCGCUGGAGAGAGCAACCUGGUCACCAAGGUCAAAGAAAAUAAUAUUGCAUAUGAAUUGGACUUCUCUAAAGUCUACUGGAACCCACGUCUUUCCACAGAACAUGGCCGUAUCGUUGCGCUUCUAAAGCCUGGUGAUGUCCUCUUUGAUGUCUUUGCUGGGAUUGGACCUUUUGCUAUUCCAGCAGCAAAGAAAAAGUGCCACGUGUUUGCCAACGAUCUCAAUCCUGAAUCCUACACCUGGCUCCUCCACAACUGCAAACUAAAUAAAGUAGACAAGGAGGUAAAAGCCUUCAAUAUGGAUGGCAGGGACUUCCUCCUGGGGCCCGUAAGAGAAGAACUAAGUAAAAAGCUCCCACUUCUGAAAGAGGAGCAGAAAACCUCUUUUCAUAUAGUCAUGAAUUUGCCAGCGUUGGCCAUUGAAUUUCUAGAUGUUUUCAGACACCUGUUGGGGGGGGAGCCGUGCAGCACUGCUGGCCUUCCCACCCUGCACUGCUAUGGCUUCUCCAAGCAUGAGGACCCAGCCAAAGAUAUCCAAGACCGAGCUGAGGCUGCACUGGGAACCUCCUUGGAUGGACGCUGCUCUACCUACCUGGUGAGAAACGUUGCCCCCAACAAGGAGAUGCUCUGCAUCAGUUUCCAGGUUCCAGCCGAUGUGCUGUACAAGAGGCCCUGCCCUGAUGCAGGUAAGGAACAAUCCUGCAAGGUGGCACUUGGCUUUCAGGCUGUUUCUUCAGCUGUCUCAGGCUGGUGCCACCUUACCAGCCCUGUGGGCCACCUCAGCCAUGUGCCAGCCACUCUGGGCUGUGGUGUGAGUGUAGAGGUGGCCAGUGGGACCAUGUGUGCAGCAGCUGCAGGGCUCUGUGUGCAGCAGCACUUCACUGCUCUGAUCCCAGCAGGAGCCUCCACAGAAACCAUGGUGGAAUGGAGAGGAUCAUCCCACAGGCCCUAA